UUUUUUCCCUCUAGGUCGGUCCCUGCUGUUUAUUUAGGGCUGAGUCUAAAGUGCGGGUUGGCGGGUCUUGGGAAGCCUUGGUCCGCAGUCUGACACUAGCUGGGCGACUUUUAACCCUCCGGGAACCCUGGCCUGCUUGGAUUUCCCUCUCAGGCCUCCGUCGGGCCUAGUGUGCCGGAACCAUGGCCUCGUUCCAUCUGGAUCAUUUAAAGAACUACCACAGAAGGUUUUGCCGGCCUUCCAGAGCACCCAACAUUCAUACAAAGCAAGGCCAGAACAUGCUGGAAAUCUUAGAAGGUUGUUUUGAAGAACAGAAUUCAACAGAGUCAUUGACUUCUUCAACACCUAAGAAGAAAGACAAUUAUAGUCAAUCAGCAAGCGAAGAGUGCCAAGCAUCACAUUCAGAAUCAGUUCCGGUUUCUUCAAGGAGGAAAGGAGCCUCUCUGCCGGUUUCUGCAGAGCCGAGUGAGGCUGCUGCUGGAUCAGUUCAGAGUAAUGAAGUUCAUCAGAAAAGUCUGUCUACUGAUGCUGUCUCCAAAAGUACACCAAACUCAAACAAGCUGUCAAGCAAGAAAAUGGAAGGUCGCCAUGGUGCAUCUGGUGAUGACUUGUACUCAUCUGUUGGCUCCCCUGUGGUUCUUCUGGAUGCACAAGUGUCGGUGUCACAGAAAGCCGUUUCAUCUGCUGGCCAAAAGAGAGUGGCUUCUGUCUCAAGGAGUUCAAUAGAUGUGCAGUCUUCAAAUAGAGAGACUUCUUUUAAAACCAGGAAAAGGUUAAACUUUGAAGAUAAAGUUAUUUCGAACACAGCAGAAAUGGAGAACAGUGCAUUACAAGUGGAGGAUAACUUAUCCGAGGGACAAGAAGGGACAUCAUCAGAAGUCUCUCAGGAAAGAGACAGUCUGAGCUCUGAAGUUCAACCGCAAUCUAAAAAGAGUUUUGCAGAAUUGUUUUUAGAAACUGUCAAGAGGAAAAGUAAAUCCAGUUCUGUGGUUAGGCACACAGCAACAGUUCCGCCUCCUCCGUCUCUGGACCACAUGAAAUUAUUAGAAGAUGAAUUUAUUAUUGAUGGGUCAGAUAGAAGUUUUUCAGGUCAACGUUGGGUGACAAUACCAAGGAAAGGCAGACAUCUGAGCCACCACAUGCCAUCUCCUGAAAACAUUGCAAUACCUCAAGGUAAGAAGUCAAGAGAGAAACCUCCUAGUUUAUCCUCCAUGACUGUGAUAAAUAACACACCAUCUGAUAAGGCUCUCCCAAUAGAAGAAGCUCAGCUCUCUGUUGAAGAAAACCUGGGAACUACUUGGACAAAUGAGUUGGAAAACAAGUGUGGUUCUUCAGACAAUGGAAUGCACUCUGAGAAUGCCAACAAACCAUCCACCAGGAAAAGAACUGUGAAACGGAAGCUUAAUGUAGCUGAGGAGCUCAGCAUGGGGCAUUGCAAAAGUAAAACUAGGAAUAUGUCAAAAAGUAGCCAAGACAAGUUACAAAUAAAUUCAGAAAGAAAUAUGGAAGACUGUGAAGAGGUGAGGAAUGAGCCUAUUUCCAAGAAACACACACCUGCUCUUGAAAAUAAGAAAAAAAAGAAUACCACCCAAACAGAUAAGGAAAAAUCUGGAAAGAAAUGUUUUUCUAGUGGGUCCAAGAACAAAUUUGUUUCCAAAGAAGUAACUUUGACUUCCAGGAAAAGUUGUAGAGUUUCUCAGCAUCCAUCUGACUGGUGGAUGGUAAAACCAAAUGAAAGUUCUGUUGAUGGAAAUUCUUCAAAAGAAAAUGAAUCAGCAGUGGUAUAUCCCAAUAGAAAAAAACAGACUAAGAGAAAUCAUGUAUCUGAGAAUACUAGGAAGAAACCAUUUCCAUCAAAAAGGCAGAAGACAGAGACCAGCUCAAAAGUACAGAAGUCUUUAAAUGUAAAGGGUUCUGGAGGAAGUGUUAGUGGCCAUGAUGACAUUUCUAGUUCCCAGAGGAAGCCAUUGAAAAGCAUUGAGGCAGACCCAACUCAGAAAAGCCUUGAUAUUUCUAGAUCUACAAGAAGCUCUAAGUAUCAAAACAGUGCUGUGACAUCACAGAAUGCUCAUUUAAAGUCUCAUAGUGAGGAAUAUACAAGCAAGACACCAAUAGAGUCUACUUCAGAUUCAGAAGUGCCUGAACAUUCAGUGUGGGAAGAAAGUGGACCUUCCAGGUUCAAGAAUUAUGAAAUGCCUAGAAGCAAUAAUUCUGAAAUGGGUGAAAAAAAGGACCAGAAAAGUUUGGGUUUGAAAAAAAGAGGUUCUAAUAUGGUACCAGAUAGGAAUUUACAUCACAAAUUAGUACUGCCCUCCAGUUCACCAAAUGUUCGUAGAUCUAAUAGAAUACGUUUGAAACCUCUGGAAUAUUGGCGAGGGGAACGAAUAGAUUAUCAAGAAAGUUCAUCGGGACGACUUGUGCUUGAAAUAGUAUCUCCAACUUCAGAAUCACCCAAAGUAAAGGCAAAAAGAAACCUGGGCAAAGUCAACAAGAAAGUUAACAAGAAACGGACCCAUCUUGAUAAUGAUAAAAAGAAUAAGAUACAGUUGAGUCUGGAUAUACCUUUGGGAGAUCCGUUUCAGGCAACAUUGGCAAAGGACCCAAAAACAAGAGAGAUUGUCCCCAUGGGGAUUAGGCUUCUUGUCUUUGCUUUAUUAUUCCAGUUGAAAACCUGUUUUGCCAGAAAACGUGUUUUUUAUGUUAACUUUGGUGACCUUUUAUGUACAUUACAUGAAACACCUUAUAUGAUUACCACUGGGGAUUCAUUCUAUGUUCCUUCAGGUAAUCAUUACAACAUUAAAAACUCUUGAAUGUGGAAAGUUGUCUUCUUUUUACUCAAAUAAAAGGUGAAUAAAUGUGUAUGUAUAUAAAAUUGGUUGUUUUAUAUAUACAUUUUUGUAACUGAUUAGUUAAAGUAAAAUUUGCUGUCUAGUUUUGCAUUAAUCAUUUCAUACUCCUUGUUAAAUAUUUCAUAAUCUUGUAAUGUAUCUUUUGAUUUUUUUUCUUGAGUGUAAAUAGUAUGUUUCGUGAUGACCA